AUGACCAUAGACAGGGACCCAAACCAUCUGGCCAACAUUGACCAUCUCCCUUACGACGUCCUACUCCAUAUUCUCCGAAUUCUUCCAUCACGCGACAUUGCUCACUUGCUGUCCUGCUGUCGGGGCCUACACGCUCUCGUGACCGAGGAGUCGAUUUGGCGUAGUCUCUCAGCUGCCUACGGCCUCACCGAUGUGAUUCACUUCGGUGGUCGCUCUUGGUACACAGUAUACACCCGGCUGCUACAGCCUUACGGGCCUAUGCUGGGUUUGUGGGCCGGAGACCACGCCUACACGGGUGACGUCCUUGACAUCCGUCUCGGCGUCGGGAGUACUCAUCAGCCCGGUGGUAUCGUCCUAGGCUGUUGGCGGUUCCCUUCCGUACAGCCUGAGGAUCUUGAUCGUCCGGAGAUGCCAGAGCGUCCUAUGUAUACACCGCUCAUUCAUAUCAGUCUCCCGUCCGUUGCGGCACCAUACGGAGGCGUACAAGUUGCCUGUUGUACCAAACCCGGCACAACACCACCACAUCAAGCUUACAUCGAAUUGUUUUCUUCUACCUCGCAGAGUCUCUUCUUGCACACUCGUCAGGGACGUUAUUCCCAUCCAGAGUUCCCUCCUCCUGAAAUCCAGAAUUUCGUUGAUCAGCUGCGGUACCCCUAUUUACCCCUCCGCGAGUCUACCGUCGUAGAUCAAGGCCUAUAUUUAGCUCCGAAUCCAAGAGGCUAUGUCGUAUACUCCGCGCCCACGAGCCACAUCAAACCGCCAGCGAUCUCCAUCUCCUGCUCGCUGGGGUGCGUCAACCGUGCUCGUGCAUUUCAUGGAUUCCAAGAUGACGUGCCUUACCUCCCACGUUAUUACCCUCUCCGACAACGAGCCUUGCCUGGAGUCGAUCCCGCUACUCGAGAAUGGCAUCCUUCGUCCCUUGAUGGCCUGUGGUUAGGUUCCCAUGGACCGCACGGCACGGAAUGCCUUUUCUUCCGCUGGGACGGCACUUUGUCUGUCCUGUACGCAUGGAAGAUCACCGGAGACUCCAACGUACCUCGCGGAGCACUCAGUUGGCGAGCGAACACAAGCGAUCCUUAUCCGAUUUCAGAGUUGCCAGACUGGAUACACGAUAAUGAAAUCCCGAACUUGACGAACUCACGGUUCUUUGGGGGUUCAGGUCGGAUCAGCGCACGCGGCUACCUACCUUACCAUUCGAACGAGAUGGACAUCAUUCUGGUAGUUUGCGGAGCUGAUGAGGUACGGACGGCGUGGAUGGACUCGGGGGACGUAGCAGCUUAUAUCAGGCACGCAUGA